GCAGUGAUGCACACGCAGCCUGGCCUGGGAGGGAGGGGGUCUCGUUCUCUUCGUGAUUCCACAUAGACUCACUUCCACGCAGGUCGAGUGCGCCACGGAGGUUUUUUUUUUUUUUUAAUGUAUUUUUUAUUAUUAUUAUUUUUUUAUUCCUCUUUCUUUUUUUGGGGGGGCGCUCGCUUCAUUGAUGCGCAUUUGCUGGCAUGCUGUUUAAGGAUGAGGCAGCCGUGUGCGAAUGUUGCAGAACACCGGUAGAGGACUACUUGCCUUGCUGUUGAUGUUGUUGGAGUGGACUCGCCCAAGCCUCCUGUCCCCACUGAGGCCCAUCUGUGACCUGAGGGUCCUCAACCAUUUCAUCAAGGAAGCCCAAGACGCAGAGGUCGCAAUGAAGUCAUGCCGAGAUGGAUGUAGCCUGUCCCAGUCCAUCGCCGUUCCCCAGACCACAGUAGACUUUGAUAUCUGGGAAAUGAAAAAUGCCAUGGAGAAAUCCCAGGAGGUCCAGUGUGGCUUAUGGCUCCUCCAGCAAGCCCUCAACUUGCUGCGCAGCUCGGUCACCAACGUGGCGCUGCAUGGACACAUUGACAAUUCGCUGAGGAACGUGCUCAGCAUCAACGCCGUACUGCACAGUCUCAACAUCCCGGAGUACGAGCCACCGGCAAGCGUGGCUGGCCUGGAGGGCACGUGGCACGUGUCUACGGCGGCUGACCUCCUCCAAGUGCACGUCAACUUCCUGCGAGGCAAAGUGCGUCUCCUUCUCUUGGAGGCGCAGGCUUGUCAACAAGAUGUCAGUUGAUUGGCUCGUCUUCUCACUCCAAGGCUAAAUCUGCUUUAAAAAGGGCCUCGACUCUGGUGACCUACUUGCUAGCUGCUAGAAACAACCAAACGACCACACCUUUGCUUGUUCUUUUUUUUAAGUGAGGGCAAAGAGCAGCCACAGGGGGUCUUCUGGAGAGAGUGGCACUUUGAAAUGUGGACACAUGUUGACCAAAACAAGGCUUUUUUUUUAAGAAGCACCGCUCUUGCACUUUGUGUGUCAAUGCACUAGUGUGCGCCGGUUAGGACUGCACGUGGUGUGUUUGUCUCUUUCCCAAGGGUUUAACCUUUUUGUAAGUGAAUUAUGCAGAAAUAUUAAUAUCACGCCAACACAGCGUGGCAACAAAACAUGAAUGAGAGGCCUUUACUUGUAAAAAAAAUUUGUCUUGUUUAGAUUUCUACUGUGUGACAAGGUUUAAUAUAUUUUGAAACAUUGUGUAAUGACUAUUUAUACAGAUUUUCUACUUUUUAGCUUUGUAUUGUUCAGUGUUGACCUUUUAGACUUUUGUAAAGAAACCAGAAACUUUUGUAUGUUGUCAUGGCGCGAGGUCAUUGAAGAAGACAUGAGAACUGUGAAGUAGCACUGUCAUUAUCAGUCCAGCUAACAAUCACACAGAGCCAGUGCACUGAUAGCCUGCAAAAAAGAAACAAAAACAUCCUGCAACUAAUUCCACAAUCAUACUGGAAGACUGUUCAGUUCGCAAGCCUGAAAAUGAAAGCAAACUGUCUACUGGAAUUUGCGUCAUUUGGGGGAAAAUGUUUAACUGUUCCAAACUAGUCCAGCUUUUUUCCUUGUUGUUUUCCUCAUUUGUGACUUGUUGCGCAAGUGCAUGGUGGUUUUGAGGAUGUUUGCACAUGUUCUCCUUUCCUGUUUUGUAUGUCCAAUCACUGUAGAAUUUGCUAUUUAAAUACAAAAACAUUAUUCUUGGAUGAACAAAAGGAUGGAGACAACCAGUUCUUGUCUCUUCCGGUCUGUGGCAUGAACCGCAGAGCUUGCACAGCUCUGAUGCCAAAAUAAAAGGCUGUGUUAACACACGGCAUCAAAUUUUAGGUUUUUAGCAACAAUAAAAUGUGGACAAUUCCAAAAUACAUGACACAAAACUUUAUUUGUGACUGAAUAACACCAUCCUCACUCCAAUUCCAUUGACAUAACAGCACUAAACUAAUAUCCAACUUUAAAGAUAGAAAAUAAAAGGUACAAGAAAACCUUUGUCUCCUGACAUCUAGUGGAUUAUUUUAUACAACACCAGCCAAGAUCUGCAAAGGAAAUAAUUUCAUUUGGACUAGACUCAAUACUUGUGGUCAAACAUUGAAGAGCUACCAAAGCAUCCAUCUACUAACAUCUGGUAUGCACCAUAGUUGGUCAGAGGUUGAUCCUGCAGUAAGAUAAUGACCUGCAAUAGAAGUCCAAGCUAUGCCUGAACGACCCUAGGGAAAAAAAAAAGAACAAGUUCUGUCUUGUGUUAACGACUGUGCUGUCCCCUUCAUGUUGUUUUUCUCCUUGCGAGUAGUUGUGGUAAAGCUUGUGUUUAUGUUUGGGACCUUACAUCUAACACAACUAGACUAGGGGUGUACAAAGUGCAGCCCGAGAGCCAUUUGCAGCCCACGGCUCAUUUUUACAAAUAGUCAACAAGACAAAAAAUUGAAAUUGUAAUCCUAGCAUGCCCAUGUUUUGAAACAGAUUAACAUCUGGAUGUGUCUUUCCGCAUGACAAAAUACUAAUUUCAUCAUUUCGGGUUAAAUAACUAAUUCCCAACUGCAUUUGCUCAGUUAAAUCCAGGAGAGGACCAUUUUAUUUGUGAGUAUAGAACAACGGGUGUCCAAAGUGCUAUUUUGCGGCAUACAGCUUUGUUUUGAUUGGCCCGUGAUGCGUUCUAAAGACAAUAUAGGUCACGAAUUAGAACAUCUCACAAAAAACAGAAUGAAACUGGCCCAAACUACGACAAAAAAGACACUCCUUGUUUAUUGCUGUUAAGAGGUGCAUGGACAUGAUUGCGAUAAAUGAUUUUUCGCAAAGUAGGAUAAAAUAUUUUCACACAAGAAACUUUGUUGGCUCUCUUCAAAGGCGGACACUUCCCUUAGCUCUCCUGCUUUUGCUUCAUGUCUCGUAUUGUCUUAACUUUCUUGGAGCCUCGUUUUGCACUGAUCUCCAAAAUUAAAACAAUGGAAUUAACUUGCCUCUUAACAUUUACAAGAUCUUCUCCCUGAGAAGCUCGGGUUGGGGAGAACCCGUCUGUCCUGACGGAACGUUUGUUGCUGGAUACACAACGGACUCUUUUGGGAGAAUUGGAAGGUCGUUUGCCUGGCGAUUCCUUCAGUCGAGGACAUUGAAGACACCAAUCUAUACGAAAUCAUGGUAACAGGAUAUUUGCUGAUUGGAGUAAGCGAUGCACUGGUGUAGCGACAAAGUCUGAUGAAGCUGGCAGCUGUUCAAAGUACCCCAAAGCCGCCACACAUGCUUGAUGGGAUAGGCAGAGCUGUGGGCACUUAGUAAUUUCUGAACUAAAUCGCAAUUUGGAACAUUCCAAUCUGGAUUUCGUCUUCCCGAUGGAUCAGCUUGGCAAGGUCGUUUCUACGAGAUUCCCCAGCUAAGAAGCCCCCCCGUCUUUAAUUGGUCAUUUCAUGCUGGCUGUGACUGUGGAAAGUGGCCUGCUUGGACACCCCCCCCCCCCUGCUAUGAUUCAGGUUUGCAGGGCGUAAUGUGUUUAUUUGUGCCUAAAAUGCUUGAGGUUUUUUUUCGGUCUCAAACAGAGCCCUUCCCUCCAACAGGAGCUUAGUUUGGGAGUUGCUUCCCUCUCCCUCCGACCUUUUAACAGGGCUCUGCUUGGUGCUAACCCAUCAGUCUUCCUGUUCUGUCUACCCCUGUAUAUUGUAUGUCUGUUCUUAGACGGGUUGUAUUAAAAACAAUUUUUUGUACUUCUAAGUGUAAUGACAAUAAAGCAACA